GAUACUAUAUACUAUUACCCUAUGAAGUACCAGACAGGAAUCACGCGAAACUUGGUAAUCGCUGACUCAGCGCUUCCCACAUUCUAGUGCGUUGGACUUCCACUCCCAGAAGCCUCGGCUGAUUGGAACAAUGGCAAAGGAUCCUGGGAGCUGAAGUCGCAAAAAAAAAAACAACCCCAAACUUGGGAGGCUCCCUUCGCAUGCGCAGGUCACGUGACCUCUCCCUUUCGCUACCAGUCCCUAUUAGGACAUGGCUGGCAAUUGCGCCCCUGCCUUUCGCCCCUAGCGGCCGUGAGGGGAAGCUCAGCCGUGCUCCCUCUCCCUCCCCAACUCCCUAGUUUCUAAUAGCGGCCCGGCUCCCGCCGAGAUGCUAUUCCGUUUCGGGGUGAUCGUGCCCGCCCGGCUGGCCGACGGCGGGACGGCGCUCUGCGUGUCGGGUUCCCGCCCGGAGCUGGGCCAGUGGGAGCCCAAGCAAGCCCUGGCCAUGAAGCCCGCGCGGCCGCUGGCGCCCCUGCCGGCCCAGGAACCCGUCCUGUGGCUGGCCGAGGUGGCGCUGCCCGAGGAGGAGGAGGAGGGGGCCGGAACCACCUUCUGGUACAAGUUCCUCAGGCGGCGCGAGACGGGAGACACCAUCUGGGAAGGUAAUGGGCCCCACCAUGAUCGAUGUAGUGUUUAUAACCCAAGCAACUUGGUUGAUGGAGUUUACUGCCUCCCAAUAGGGCACUGGAUUGAAGUUUCUGGGCACACUGAUGAGAUGAAACAUACAACUGAUUUUUAUUUUAAUAUUGCUGGACAUCAAGCUAUUCACUACUCCAGAAUUUUGCCAAAUCUGUGGCUAGGCAGUUGCCCCCGUCAAGUGGAACAUGUGACUGUGAAGCUAAAACACGAGUUGGGUAUUACAGCUAUCAUGAACUUCCAGACAGAAUGGGAUGUUGUUCAGAAUUCCUGGGGAUGCAACCGCUACCCAGAACCAAUGAGCCCAGAAGUUCUCAUGAAGCUAUAUAAAGAAGAAGGCCUUGCUUAUGUCUGGAUGCCAACACCAGACAUGAGUACUGAAGGUAGAGUACAGAUGUUGCCCCAGGCUGUUUGUCUUCUGCAUGGACUGCUGGAGAAUGGUCACACUGUCUAUGUUCAUUGCAAUGCAGGUGUGGGCAGGUCUACAGCUGCCGUCUGUGGCUGGUUGAAAUAUGUGCUGGGAUGGAACUUGAGGAAAGUGCAAUAUUUUGUGGCUUCCAGGAGAGCAGCAGUCUACAUUGAUGAAGAAGCUCUGAUACGUGCCGAGGAGGAUUUUUUUCAGAAAUUUGGGCGUCUUCGUUCCUCAUGCAAGCCUUAGUAAGAGGACAUAAAGGGAACUUUUGCCAAACGCAUUUGAGAAAUGGGGCAGCUAGCUCCAUGAAAUACUGCUGUUGCCUGAAAAAAUUGAAAAAUAAUGUGGUGCUGACAGGGAUGACAAUGAUGAUUAUGCCAUCUGAGUUUUACAUUUUGAUCCCACUGGAACAGCUAACCACAAGAGCUUAGAGUUGUCUGUAUAUGUGUGAAGCAGACAGGACUGAUUGGAUAGCUAUUUUAGUCAAGGAGUGAUCGCUUCAGUUAGGGGGUUGGCACAUUAAUUAGCUGUUUAGAAGAGGAAGCAUAAGGAACUAAAUCCAGCUCCCCUCUCUUUCACAAUUAGCUAAUCAAUACUAUAAGUAGAUUUUCUUUUGUCUCGGAGGACUAUAGGUAUGCAGGGAGACCUGAGAGCUAAGUAAGGCUCAAAAUUGCUUUUUAUUUAUUUAUUAUUUAUGUGUUCGUUUGCUUCUUAAAAAUGACACUCAGCAUAGUUGGCUGAGAUAAACUCAUUUCAAAACAAAUACAAAUUAAAACAUUGCAAACAGACUUAAAAUACCGUGGAAAGCACAUAUAGAGAAAUACUCAAGCAGUGAAAGGUUUUGAUGGCAGUCCAGCUUUGCUGUCAAAGGCCUGUCAGAAUAAAAGUUAUUUGCUUAUCAGUGGAAUUACAGUGAAGAAAACCAGCCUCAACUCCCUUGACAGACACUUCAAAAA